UUCAAUGUGAUGUGGGCUGGGGAUAGCCGGCUGUUGUGCCAUCAGCUUUAGGCCGCGCAAAGUUAGAGGUCGAAGCGGGCCGUGAAUUUUCCGGAACGACUUGCUGCCGUCUGAACGGACACUCCGUUUCUAUCGUGUUUACUGACUCGUUGCCGGUUACAAUAAUCGACAGGAAUAUGGCGGUAGCGGGCCUGAGAGCGAGUUAUCACCGAAUGUUGGACAAAAUCGGGUUAAUGCUUCCUCCUAAGAUGAAGCCGUUUUAUGAUCACCCAGCAGGUCCUCGCACAGUGUUUUUCUGGGCACCAAUUAUGAAAUGGAGUUUAGUCACUGCAGGAUUAGCUGACUUGGCCAGGCCUCCAAACAAACUUAGUCCAGCUCAGUCAGGGGUCCUUUGUGCUACAGGUUUGAUUUGGUCCAGAUAUUCCCUUGUGAUUAUUCCGAAGAAUUGGAGUUUGUUUGCUGUAAAUUUCUUUUUGGGCUGUGCGGGUACUAUACAGCUAAUCCGCAUUGCAAAGUACAACUACAGUUUAAAGUCUGAGGACAAACAUCCUGAGUAAACUCCAGUAACCUACGAAAUGCCAAGGAAACAUCUUGUCUUUAUUUUCAAUGUGCCUUGUAAAUGACUCAAGGUGACCGAUAAUAUAUUAACUGGCCUCAAAGGUUUUAUAGUGGAGACUGUUACAUAUGUUUGUAAAUAUGUUCUUCCUCUCCCAAUAAAUUUUACAGUGAUACAUA